UUUAAGUAUAUUAUUUCCCAUUUAGCCAUGAAGUAAAAAGGCCAAACCUGCACUGGAUUUUAAUGUCUCCUCUCUAUGCAUUGUAUUAACUCGAUUAGUGUGGCGGAAAUUUGUGGCAGCAACAUGGGAUUAUAUUUCUCAAAUGAGCACUACAAAGCAAAACCCGAUCCGCUGCUAUUACGUAACAGCCGGUGACAUAACUCUCUCCAGCCUGGGACGGUCAGGGCGCACAGAGAGCGCGCGGGGGGGGCACCCGGGACCGGGGCGCACGACUUGUGAACGGCCGGCCGGUCCAGCUGCACACUCUCCUCUCUGCUGCUGCCUCGGGGGGAAUUAAAUUAUUUCAAAACAACCACAGAAGAGGAGGUGUUAAACAAGGGAGGCUGACUGAGAGGGUAACAAGAUGACGACCGAGUUUCGGGAGCCGCUGUGAGGACAGCAAGGAGGCGAGAUGGCAGUGCAUGUUUUCAAAUGCCUGCGCCGGCCCGGGCGCUAGAACAACCAACAGGUAGUACAUAUAUGAGCCCGAGUUUUGCCACAUCACCUUCUGAGUCAAAUGGCGGCAGGGGGAGUUAAAAAACCGACUGACUUAGCAGGUGUGUGUUUGUGUGAGGUGAGUGUGUAGGGCCACCCAGUGUUUCGACAGGAGAGUUAUGGAAUAUGAGGAGCCCGAGGUGCCCCCAGCUGACGCCCCCUUCAAAAGAGGAGGAGCCAUGUCCAAGAAGACUCAUUUGACCCAGAUUGAAGUUAUCCCAUGCAAGAUCUGCGGUGAUAAAUCCUCUGGAGUGCAUUAUGGAGUCAUCACUUGCGAGGGCUGCAAGGGAUUUUUCCGGCGCAGCCAGCUGCCUACUGUAUCCUACUCCUGCUCCAGACAGAGCAACUGUCAGAUCGACCGGGCCAGUCGCAACCGCUGCCAACACUGCCGUCUGCAGAAGUGCUUGGCACAAGGCAUGAGCAGAGAUGCUGUGAAGUUUGGACGGAUGUCCAAACGUCAACGGGACUCUCUGAUCGCUGAAGUGGAGAGGCACCGACAGCAACAGCAGCAACAGCAGCAGCUUCAGGGAGACACUCAGUCUGUCUUGUCCUACCCCACCAAGGCCCGCCAAGACCGGUCCCCACAGCUCCUUCAGCCCGUUACCUACUCCUUCACCGGGGAGGCCGAGCUGCUGCCGUACACCGCUGACGUUCAUCCUUACCUGGUGUGUUCCCCGAACGAGUCGCAUGUGUCAGGUAUGAUAUCCCGAGGCUCCGGUGUCUCUCCCACAUUGAGAUCCCAGGGGAGGGGGGACAACAGCGGACACCCUGACAUAAGAGGAUUUGACUCCAGACAGCCAUCUCAUGAUCUGAUGGGGAUUCAUCCUUACAACCAUCUGGAGGAUCCUUACAGCCUCUAUCCUCUCUCUCUGAGAAACAUAGAUGAGCUGUGUGUCAGCAUUGUGCGUUCCCACAGAGAGACCAGUCAGUACAGAGUGGAGGAGCUUCACGCUCUCAGAUGGAAACUGUUCAACAGAGAGGAGAUCCAAGCCUACCAAAGCAAAUCAGUGGAUGAGAUGUGGCAGCACUGUGCCAUCCGACUGACCGAUGCUGUACAGUAUGUGGUGGAGUUCGCAAAACACAUCCCUGGUUUCCGUAUGCUCAGUCAGAACGACCAGAUCGCUCUCCUAAAGAGUGGCUCUAUGGAGGUGGUUCUGGUCAGAAUGAGUCGGUUCUUCAACACAGAGAACAACACCGUGUUCUUUGAUGGGAAAUUUGCUGGAGUAGAAGUCUUCAAGUCAUUGGCAUGUGGUGAUUUGAUCACGUCGGUGUUUGACUUUGCUCAUGAUAUGUGUGCUCUAAAGCUCACUGAGUACCAGAUUGCUCUCUUCAGUGCUCUGGUGCUGAUCAGCACAGAUCGUCCAUGUUUGGAGGACAGAGGCAGGGUUCAGCGAGUGCAAAGAAGCGUGGAGUUAGGACUCACACACAUUCUACAUCGAGACAACCAAGAAAGUCUAAUGCACAAGCUGUACCAGAAGAUGGCAGUGUUGCGUUCACUGUGCAAUCUGCACAUGGAGAAGCUGCGCUGGUUCAGUCAGCGUCACCCUCUCACUGCUCACUCUCUGUUCCCUCCACUCUACAAGGAGCUCUUCGCCUCUGAGGCGGAGCUGCUGCCGGGGACCACUCACUGAUGACUUACUAGAAUAUGCAAAGACACAGUCGUGUACACACACAGACACACACAUUAUUUUAAGUCUCAUUAUUACUUCCUGACAGAAUCUAUUUUUCUAAUAAUGAAAAUAAUUGAGAAAAGCACAGUAAUUGUAGUGUGUUAAGUAUUAUUUGACAGCAGAUCUUUUUGGUUGGAUUGUGUCAAACAUAAAUUAAAAUAGUUUGAUAGUUUAAAACUAUUUUGAUUAUUCCAGGGAAACAUGCGUUUUGUUGUUCUUUGACAGUACAGUUACAGUUACUGUGCGUCACAGUGCAUUCAGACAUGGUGAUUCAAAGAGGCAGGACAACCAUCAUUGUCAACUGAAACUUAAAAUGGUAGUUUCACCCAGAAUCUAUCUUUAGGAGGUCAGUGUUUUAGUAUAAAACACUGACCUCCUGUAGAAUUAAAAGGUGACUUUAAAGAGUAUGCCCCUUUAUGAAUGCCAUCAGCUUGGAUUCAUAAAAUACUCUAUUGUUUGUUUGUUUGUACAAUACAAAACAUAAACAUAAAUAUAAAAAGCCAAACUAAAUUGUAACCGGUUAAGCAACAGAGAAAGAAUCUUACAGUAACAACAAAUGUGCAGGCAGAGCCAAAAACACCAAGAAGCUUAUCAUGCUUCUUCCCUUGAGAAGUAAACAUCACAUUCCAGGAGCAAAAUAACAAUCAAAAUAAUAAUCACAUGUGCACACCCCACUCAACAAAACUGUUACAGAUGUUGACCUAGUUUCAUAACAUAAUCAACAUUACACAAUCCACUUCUCCACUGUCUAUUCAUGUGCUCUGUAUGUCCCAAAAGUUCAUAUUUUCACUUGUAAUUUUCACUUUUCACAAAUAUGGCUAAUUAAGUACUCUGCUUCUUUACUCUUCAUGCACAAUCCUUCUGAGUUUGCUUGAAUUAGAUCCUCCUGCUCCUACUCAGUGUUUCCGCCUCAAAAGAUUUUGGCUGCAGCAUUGCUUUAAUACACGCUCAUGUGUUUGAGACUUAGAGAGGCAGCAGUGCACAUGGGGUAGCUAAUAAAGUUUUAUCUUUGUGCAGUCAUCUCUGAUGGUCCGGAGUGACAACCAGUUGUUCCCAAACUAGCCACAGGUACCCUCUCAGUCUUUCAGGAUCCUGCAAAAUAGGCUGCAGCCAGAACAUGUUACACAGAUUGAUUUCUCAACAUCAUUGGUGGAUUAUACUAUUUCAGUAAUGUUAGAUAUUUGAAGGUUAUUUUAACAUGAACAAUUGGAAGAUUUCAGAUUCGUCAAAUGCCAGUAAACUAUAUGAUAGCCACCCCCGUCUCAUCCUCACCGUGGUAACCUCAGUCCUCGUCCAAAAACAACAGACGGCCUGCCUCUUUGUGUCUGUACAUCUCUAGAGAAAUGUUUCUCCUCAGGUUGAUGUUGUCACAGAUUGACUAAUAAGUCCUACAAAGCAGCAGUACCUCUAAAGUUUUAUCCUUCGUGUUUGAAUAAAUCCUCACAGGCUUUUAUAUCUUUUGAGCUUUUGAAAAGAUGUUGCAUUAAAUGUAGAAAUAAAUAUUCAAAUAAAAAUGUGGAGAUACAGUAGAAAUAUUUUUCUCUGUGUGCAAACUUUCCCUUUUUUCUCUCAGAUUAACUUGCAUAUGUUUUGUUUUCUCUACGUAUCUUUGAACAAAACAUGAGUAAAGAGGAACCGAUGAGAGGUUUCAGCAUUAAGUACUGUAUGUCUGGAUGUAAUCCUCUCUGUUCCUGGAACAGCUGAUAUUACGAUGGCGAUAAUUCUAUGUAAAUCUUCUAAUAAAUUGCUGAGGCUGUGACACCAAGAA